GUCAAAUAUAUGUCGAAGUGAUGACAUAUUGACAAAUAUCCAAAAUAAAAGAUUACUAAUACUAAUCAAGUUUAUAGGUGUUUUAUAGGAUAGGCUUUGCAGCUGAAAUACAGUAAUGUUAACAAAAGAAAAAUUGUAAAUAUCGUAUUAAUAUUGUGUUAAUGUUCAUUGUGCAAUUAACUUGAAAGCCUAGAUAUAACUAAAAAAAUUUCUACGAUGUCAGUGGAUAAUGAUAGACUGAAGCAGUGGCUCGAUCACUACCAGAAUUCCGAUGUGUGUUAUAGAGAUAUUCUCAGUGUAACAAAUCAGUAUAGGGGGCUGAAGCCAGAACAAGGCAUAUACACAUUUAAUGAUGGAACCCAGAUGGAACUUAUAAACUUAAGUGGCACUAUCCCAGUGAGAUAUAGAGGAGCAAUCUACAAUAUACCAAUAUGUAUUUGGCUGAUAGAUACACACCCCACAAAUGCCCCAAUAUGUUAUGUCAAGCCUACUCAGGAUAUGUCUAUCAAGGUUUCCAUGUUUGUUGAUCAAAAUGGCAAGAUUUACUUGCCAUACCUGCAUGAUUGGGUACCAAGCUCUUCAGAUCUCCUUGGAUUGAUACAAGUAAUGAUAGUGACAUUUGGUGAACAACCACCAGUGUUUGCGAGGUCGAAAGAUGAUGACAUUCCUUAUGGAGCAGGUUCGUUCAUGCCACAACCUUCAGUUGGCUACAUGCCCCAACCACCGUAUCCACCCACAUCCUACCCCCAAUCUGCAGGCGGGUAUGGUCCCAGUUAUCCCCCUUACCCUCCAACAAGCAGCAGUUCCUUCCCUGGAUUUCCUUCUUUCCCAAUGUCUCCCUACCCUCCAUAUCCCACCAACUCAUUUGGAACCCCUAACCCAGCACCUGUGGGCACUGGAACCAUUAAAGAAGAGCAUAUUCGGGAAUCGCUGUUAACAGCUAUUGAAGAAAAGCUGAUGCGCAGGAUGAAGGAGCAGUUCCAGCAGAAUCAAGCAGAGUUGGAAACAUUGAAGCGCACCCAGGAGGAAUUGAAGCAGGGUAGGGCGAAGUUGGAGGGGAUUAUCAGUCGGUUGGGAAAAGAGAAGAGUGACCUUGACAAAAACAUAACGUUACUAAAAGACAAAGAACAAGAGUUGCAGAAAGCAAUUGAAAGACUAAAUAAUCAAGAAUCAAUAGAUGUUGAUGAUGCGGUUAUAACCACAGCACCUCUUUACAAACAACUUCUCAAUGCAUUUGCUGAAGAAGCAGCAUUAGAAGACGCCAUCUACUAUAUGGGUGAGGCACUAAGGUGCAGCGUCAUAGAUUUGGAUGUCUUCCUAAGGCAGGUUAGGACGCUUUCAAGGAAACAGUUCAUGCUGAGGGCAUUGAUGCAGAAGUGUCGUCAGAAAGCUGGUUUAUCAAUAUAGAAAUUUUCCAUUUCUGCCUGACGUAUUUUAAUUUAUGCUGCACUGCACUCUUUAUCGAAAAAUGUAAAAUAUUAAUGCUAUAGUGAUACAAAAAUAUUUUUAUUGUUACUAUAUAUAUAUAUUACGAAAUAUAUACUACUUUGUGAUUCAAA